AUGGACUCCAUCACCCUCCACAGCAGCAGCAUGUUCCUCGACCUCGCGCUCUCCCUCAAGUGGAACGUGCUCAGGGCCUCGCCCUGGGCCAACGUCAGCGCGGACGGCAGCACCGUCACGCUCAAGCCCGCCGCCGCGCUGGACAGCUUCCUGGGCCAGGCUACGGUCCUGGGGCUGCGCGAGUACGCCAAGACCGAGGUGCACAGCUGGGUGGUGCGCCUGGAGCAGCUGGCGGGCGCGCCUGCGGCCAACUUUUUGGUGGGCGUGGCGCCGGCCGGCAUGGACCUCAACCACUCCAUCGGCCAGGAGGGCUGCGGCAUCGGGCUGGAUUACUACGGCUACAUCUACGUCAACGGCCGCUACUUCCACGUGUCAAACCUCGGCCACUGGCAGUCCGUCGCCAAGCCCUGCCGCGGCAGCACUGCGCGCCACAAGGGCAAGGCGGGCCCCAUGUUCACCUUCCACGAGGGCCGCUGCGAGAUCACCCUCACGCUGGACCUCAAGGAGGGCACCCUGCGCUUCUCAUCCGGCGGCCACAGCAUCGGCACCAUCGCCAACGUCAAGGGGCCCCUGCACGCCGCGCUCACGCUCACCAGCCCACAUCAGAACGCGGUGCUGGCGCCCGGGCCCAUCGGCAAGGGCGAGCACACCGCGGAGGAGCUGGUCAACAUCCUCAAGGCCAAGGGCCACCUCAGCAGCGCGCGCGCAGAGGCGGCCAUGCUGCUGGUGCCGCGAGACCUGUUUGUGCCGCGCGACCGCCAUCGCGAGGCCUUCAGGGACCAGAAAGUGACGAUGCGCAUGCCCGACGGCAGCACACUGACGAUGCCGCCCCCCAGCGUCGUGGCCACGGCGCUGGAGGCACUGGACCUGCAGCCGGGCGCGGCUGUGCUGGACGUCGGCUGCGGCAGCGGCUACGUGACGGCGGUCGCGGCGCUCAUGGUCGGCGGCAGCGGCACCGUGCACGGCAUCGAGUGCGUCUCCAGCCGCCUGGAGGCGGCGCGCGGGAACAUGCGCCGCCUGCGCGAGCGGCUGCCGGCUUCCAGCCACCACCUGGUCGCGUCGGCGGCGCCGGCGGCCGCCGCGGCGUGCGGCGCGCUGGAGGCGCUGUCUGCGGCCAGCCUGAGCCUGGGCAACGUGCUGGUGCCCGAGUGCACGGAGGGGGUGCAGUACGACGCGCUGUACUGCGACACCAGCGUCGGCGAGGAGGACCUGCCGGCGUUCCUCAGCCUGCUGCGCCACGGCGGCCGCGCGGUGGUGGUGAUCAACGAGGAGCUGCUGCUGCUCACGCGCGGCACGGCCGACCCCACCGAUUUCGGCCGGUCCGUCCUGGCCAAGGUGUCGGGGGACCUGGGGGAGCUGGAGGACCCCACGCCCUGGGAGGUGCAGGAGGCCAUCUCGCGCAUCAAGGCGCGGGAGCACAGGAAGGGGCUCGAGCAGGCCAAGGGCGAGGUUGGCAGCCUGCGGAGCUUUGAGCUGCAGGAGCUGCAGCAGCGCAUGGCGGGCGCCAUGUCGCGCAUCGCGGAGCUCGAAGCCACGCUGCAGCGCGGCGCCGGCGCUGCGCGUGCGCCGCUGCCGGAUGACACGCGCGCUAUCAUCCGCGACGCGAGGGCCCACCGGCGCUCGGCGCGCAUGUCGCCGCGCGGCAGCGCACGCAGCCCCAUCGGCGGCGAGGCGGCCGAGCAGCCGGCGUCUGCGCGCACGCGCAGCGCACGGUCUGCGGCGGCCGCAGCGGCGGGCGAGGAGGGUGAGGAGCCGAUGGUGAUCGGCAGCAAGGGCUCACAAGGGGCCAGCGGCAGCGGCGGCGGCGGUUGCGGCAGCGCGGCGGGCGACAAGCUCACAGCGCUGACAGGCGGCAGCGACGGCGGCGGCAGCGGCGGUGGCCUCAAGAUCGGUACCACGGUGUACGCCAGCGGCGGCUACGCCGGGAGCGUUCACGGCGGGAUGGGGCUGCUGGCGGCGCUGGGCGUGCAGCCGCUGACCGCGGCGCAGGUGGCUGCGGCGGUGCACGGCGCGGCCCCGCAGCGUGUGGGCGGGUACGAGGUGUACGCGGGCGCCUUCAGGGGCACGCCCUGCCAGGUGUGGCGCCUCACGCUGCCGCAGCCGGUCAGCCUCCUCGAGGUGCAGCGUGCCUGCAGCCGGUUCUGCUGCGCGCACCCCAACGUCGCCGCCAUCCUGGGGGCCUGCGUUGAGCCGCUCGACGGCGCGACACCCAUGGACGAGGAUGGCGAUGCAGCCGGCGGCGGCGGUGCAGCCGGCGGCGGCGGGGCGCUGCCAUCGCCGCGCGGCGCUGAGCUGGCGGAGCAGGCCUUGCUGGAGGGCGGGUGCCACCUCUGGAUUGUGGAGGAGCGCCACGGCGACUGCAGCCUCGCGGCGCGCCUGGAGCGCGGCCUGCUGCCCUGGCAGCACGUGCUGGGCGUCGCAUCCGACGUCGGCGCGGCGCUUGCCUACCUGCAGACGCUGCACCGCCUCGCGCCCGGCGCGGGGCUGGACGACGGCGGCUGCGACAGCGCCGCGCUCGCGGCACCGCUGUCGCCGCUCGCAGUCGCGCACAUGCUGAUCCCCUCGGCGGUGCGGCUGGUGCCCGGCGGCGCCACCGCCAAGCUCAGCCUGGUGCCGGCCAUGCUGGCGCAGCUCGAGUUCAGCCUGGGCGUUGCGCCGGGGGAGGCGCGCAUCAGCGAGGCGCGAGAGCAGCUGCUGCCGUACAUCCACCCCUCCCAGAUGUUUGGUGGCGGCGGCGGCAGCGCGCUCAGGGGCGGCUUUGGGGACGCGGCCCAUGGGGCGGGCGGCUCGGCUGUGGCGGCGUUCAACCCGCUGUACGGCUUUGCCGUCGUGCUGCUGCAGCUGCUCACAGAACAGCAGGCGCCCGGCCUGCUGGGCACUGCGCGUCAGGCGCUGGCGGCCGGCACGCUGUUCAACCUCGUGCCGCGCACCCCCAGCAGCGGGCAGGAGACGGUGGCGAUCGCGGAGGAGCUGGCGCGCAUGGCGCUGCGCUGCGCCGAGAGCGUCAGCAGCAGCGUUUACGCCGGCGGCAGCGACGGUGAGACAGCAGCGGCGGCGGCGGCGGCUGCCGCAGGCGCGAGCCUGGAGGGCAACGUGCUGCCCAGGCUCGAGGCGCUCAAGGUGCAGCUGGCGGCGUUGGGCCCUGCGGCGGUGUCGUGGGAGGCCGUUGAGGAGCUGCUGCUGGUGCCGUUGGCGGCGCCCGGCGCGGCGGUCGAGCCCGGCCUGCGGCGAUGGGUGCGGCAGGACUUCCGGGCGCGGCGGCGCGCGUUCAUGGAGGAGGCCGCCAAGCUGGCGGCCGAGGGCCCGCUGCACAAGAUCGAGGUCCGCCGCAGCCGCUGCUUCAAGGACAGCGUGACGACGUUCAGCGGCAAGGGCGUCAACGUGUGGCGGCAGCCGCUGAAGGUGACGUUCAUCGGCGAGGCCGGCAUGGACAGCGGCGGCGUGACGCGCGAGUGGUUCUCGUGCAUCUGCGCGGCGCUGUCACGCGGCAGCCUGGACCUCUUCUGGGCGGGCGGCCCCGCGGCCAACCAGCUCUACGUGAACCCGCUGUCGUCCAGCCCCAGCCACCUCAAGCGCUUCCACUUUGUGGGCUCCUUCAUGGCCAAGGCGCUGCUCGAGAGCGCGGCGCGCGCCAAGGAGCUGGGCCCCAUCUCCCUCAACCUGCGUUUCUGCGAGCCCUUCUGGAAGCUGAUGCUGGGCAUCCCCGUGAGCCUCAUGGACCUGCAGGCCCUCGACCCCACAGAGUUCAGGUCGCUGCUGCAGAUCCUGGAGCUCGACAUCGACGGCCUCAUAUUCGAGACCUUCGCGUGGAACUUCACACACACGCGGCGUGGCGGCGGCGCCGGCGGCGCGGGCGGCGGCAAGGAUGAGCCUGAGGUGCCUGCGCUGCCCAGCGGCGCCAGCCCCUUCAGCGGCGACAGCAGCACCAAGGUGGAGGCGAGCAUCCCCCUCAAGCCCGGCGGCAGCCACGUGCGCGUGACCAACGCCAACAAGCGCGAGUACGUGCUGCUGAAGGCCCAGAAGAUGCUGAUGGGCGCGGUGGAGGCGCAGAUGAGCGCCGUCAUCGACGCCUUCCACUCCCUGGUGCCGCGUGAGCUGGUGGACAAGUACGGCUUCACGCCCCUGGAGCUGCAGCUGCUGGUCUGCGGGGAGCAGGUCAUUGACAUUGCCGGGCUGCGCUCAGCCUGCAAGUACGAGGACGGCUACAACGGCAAGGAGGACCAGAUCCGCUGGUUCUGGGCCGCGGUCGAGUCCUUUGACGACGUCCAGCGCCGCCAGCUCCUGCAGUUCUGGAGCGGCUCUGACGGCAUGCCCGUCGAGGGCUUUGCGUCCCUGGAGCCCGCGUUCCACAUUGUCAGCGUCGACCGCAUGUACGACAAGGCCGACCGCACCGCCCGCCUGCCGGCUGCGCACACCUGCUUCCGCCAGCUCGACCUGCCGCGGUACGUCAGCUACGAGGAGACGCGCGAGAAGAUCAUCACCGCCAUCACCAUCGGCCAGGGCUACCUCGCGCUCAGCUGA